CAGACCUAGCCAAAUUUCCAUUAAUUCCGUAGUUUUCAUCUCACAGCCCACAGCCUGAGAGAGAAGAUAAAAAAAAAAAAAAAAAAAAAGGAAACCUUUUGUAACAGAAAAGGUAUAGAUGCCUUUAGCUUAUCUCUACCUACAGCAUUAACGUAAGGCUCAAAUUCACCCAAGAUAACAUGGACCCAACAAGACUUUCUUAGAGAAAAAGAGUUCCAUGAAGAAAAAACCAGAGGUUGAAGAUGAGCAAGACCUGGAAAUCCUCAAGGCAGUGGCACAAGCAUGGCACAACCGCUCUGGCAGCUCUAGGCCUAUGAAUGAAUUUGAUGCCCCCCUGAGAAAUUUCAAAGGAAAUCCUUCUCGAUUCAAGCUAGAAGCAAUGAGCAAAUCAUCAUCAGCUAAUGAUAGCAGCCAUGGUGCCACUUGGGAUUUUGGGCAGUCUCUAUGUGAUUCCUAUGAGAUUGUGACCUUGUCCAGAAGGUUAGAGACUGGUUUAUUGUCAGAUAAUCCAUUUGUUGAGUUGGAUAGUCCAAGUCGUGUCCGUAGGAGGCGCAAGGAGAGUCGGCAUAGCCUUAGAAGUUUGUUCAAUCAGAUUUCUUCGAGGAGAGUUACAGGGGCUGAUAUUCCAAGAGAAUAGGAUAAACUCUUUCCAUCUAUUUUGGUAUGUGAAUUCCCAUUUUUCAGGUUACAACAUCAUUUACUUUCCCUAUAGUUUUAUGCAGGGAACAAAACUUCCUACUUCACUUUGUUUAUUCAUUUUUAUUUAUUUAUCAUUUUGUGGUGUGAGUUCCA